AUGUCUGAAGAUUCGGCAACACUGCCAAUGUUUCAGGAGCAAUGCCUGGCUGGCCAUGGGGACCCAACCAUGGGUUUGAAACCUCCGAGCUCACGCCAGGUCCUUAGGAUUGCAUUGAAUUUGAAGUAUCUGCUGGACAAGAUCAUUCCGACGGUCUACGAUGUGGAUAAAGUGACCUGUCCGCACUCUCGUAUCAUAAAUCAGGAUGUGAUAAAGUUGGUGCGCGAGGCUUGUGGUGGUAAUCCCAAGGAUAAAUCAAGCGUGCAAAGGUACCAGUCUGUUCUGCUGUUUGCCCUGUUAAAAGUCUCAUCUUGGUAUGAAGAAUUGGCAGCUGAAGAAUUGCACAACGCUUCCCUCUAUGAGUUACGUUCAUUGGCCGCUCAACAUCUUUGCAGGGUUAUUAUAGAGCAUGAGGAGACGGUCGAUCUGCAGUUCUUGUUCAUGGAGAUGUUAUUGCGCAGAUAUGUUAUAAACGAGAAUGACGAAGAUAGUGAACCUGCGAGUGUCAUUGAAUUAGCUGCUGAUAUGCAUUUGACGGUAGUUAUUGGCUCGAGUGGGUUCCAACGGUGCUUAAAAUGGCUAUGGAGAGGUUGGAUCAUCCAAUCUCGAGACGACGCCAGUGUCUUUGUCAGGGAGAAAUUGGUAGCUUCGACAAGUUUCCGAGAUCAUUUCAAUCCAGAGCGAAUCAAGACGCCAAUGUACCAGAAUAUUAUACAAAUCAUUUUCUCCUUUGUCUUCCUAAUACUAUACACUGUGGUAGUUAACGAUAAGAACUCCACUAAGGUUGAACCUUUGGAUGCUAAAGAGAUCUGCUUCUAUCUGUUUACACUGGGCUACGUUAUUGAUGAAAUGGUCAAGUUUUUUUACAUCGGUUCAGCCUACUUUUCGUUUUGGAAUGCAUUCAACAACACGUUAUAUGCCAUCAUUGGUACCUCUGUGUUCUUGAGGAUUAUUAGCGUUGGUCCUAUAAAAACUCACUAUCCUGCAGAAUACUGGGAUAUGAUUUCCUAUAGGAUUCUCUCAUUAGCUGCUCCCUUUGUGUGGUCACGACUACUACUGUUUUUGGAAUCGGUACAAUUCGUGGGGUUAAUGCUGGUUGUCCUAAAGCAUAUGAUGGCAGAAUCCCUUGUGUUUUUCGUUAUGCUCUUUUUAAUGAUGAUAGGAUUCUUACAAGGAUUCAUUGGACUCGAUUCAUCUGACGGUAAGAACGAAAUUACUGGGCCUAUUAUGACCAAUCUUUUCAUAACAGUCCUUGGCGCUGGUGGUUUUGAUACGUUCGAAGAGUUUGCCCCUCCAUAUGCGGCAAUCUUAUACUACGGAUACCGGUUCAUCGUGUCGGUCAUCUUAUUGAACAUCCUAAUUGCCUUGUAUGCGAACGCAUACCAAAAAGUGGUUGAUAAUGCUGGUGAUGAAUAUAUGGCUCUUAUGUGUCAGAAGACGCUGAGAUUUAUUAGAGCCCCCGAUGAAGAGGUAUACGUGCCGCCUUUGAAUAUCGUUGAAGCUUUUGUUCAUCCAACCACGCUUCUGCUAUCUACAGAAAAUGCAAGAAGACUGAAUCAUUUCAUUAUGACCAUACUGUACGCACCUGUUCUUCUUGUGGUAGCGCUAACCGAAAUUCGCACCGCUAGGCGCAUUCAGUACAAUCGGAUGAAGAACUUGGAAGACGAUGCUAAUGAGAGUGAUCGUGCCUGGGACUUGACAGAUGGAUUUGUCGAUACCGGUCAUGAUAUUUUCUCCCAAACUGAGAACACGGGCAUUCAUGCUACUCGUAAGAAGAACGGAGUUUCAUUAAAGAAACAGCGAGAGGCGGAAAAGGCUGACCCACAUUUCUCAGUCCCCAAAGACUGGUGUAAGAGAGUCAAGAAAUCGGUUCAGCCAGUUCAAGAGGGAUUUCAGUCGGGUAUAGGAUGGGAAACUUUCAAGUUAUAUAACGAAGUUCAAGAGCGUUAUGAGAAAACUGAAGAAAAAAUCGAGAAGUUGAAUAAAACUAUAACAAAUCUGGUUGAAUCAUUACAAGAGCUUAAAUUGACUAAACAGGAGUAA